AUGAAGCUGUACGAGUAUCUAGAGGAGGAGUUGUGCCUGGAGCUGCUGUUGUUGGCCCAAACAAUUUGUCGCGUUUGUCGCUGGUUCCGCAAUUGUUUUAUGCUCGCUGUCGAGGCCCAUCUGAAGCGACCUCAAGCAAACAUUUGGCCCUGCCAAACAGACAACAAAGAGACAGAUCAAAUCUCAUACGUCAUUGCUCUGGCUUUCGUGACCCUCGUGGCGGCUGAUGUCAGCCACCUCAAGCUCGGUCUCUCUGCAGAUGGCGCCUAUGGACUGACCUCAUCCUCCUCAUCCUCAUCUUACUCCGCCUCGGUGGUGCCGGGAGGCGAUUCGAGCAGCUAUCAGCCUGAAGAGCUGAUCCCUGCCCAUCUAAAGGUGGCCUCCAUUGAGACUCAAUCGUCCGGCUCUGCGGUGAUUCCCGGUGGAGAUUCGAGCUCCUACCAGCCGGCGGAAUAUACUUCGGCUCACCUUAAGGUAGCCUCCACUCAGGUAGAAUCUUCCGCUGAUGAGGUGAUCCCUGGUGGAGACUCGAGCUCCUACCAGCCCGCUGAAUAUACUCCCGCUCAUCUCAAAGUAGCCUCCGCUCAGGUGGAAUCUUCCACUGAUGAGGUGAUCCCUGGUGGAGAUUCGAGCUCCUACCAGCCCGCUGAAUACACUCCUGCUCACUUGAAGGUGGCUUCAGUUCAGGUGGAGUCCUCUGUUGCUCAUGCAAUCCCCAGCAUUGGAGCCGACACCUACACCCCCGAGCAAUUCAUCCCAGAGGCAGAUCGUGAGGCUCACUACAAGUAUGUCCAGGAACAGCAGCAGGCGACCAUCAUACCAGGUGGAGACUCGAGCUCCUACCAGCCCGCUGAAUAUACUCCAGCUAAUCUCAAAGUAGCCUCCGCCCAGGUGGAGUCUUCCGCUGAUGAGGUGAUCCCUGGUGGAGAUUCGAGCUCCUACCAGCCCGCUGAAUACACUCCUGCUAACUUGAAGGUGGCUUCAGUGCAGGUGGAGUCCUCUGUUGCUCAGGCAAUCCCCAGCAUCGGAGCCGACACCUACACCCCCGAGCAAUUCAUCCCAGAGGCAGAUCGUGAGGCUCACUACAAGUAUGUCCAGGAACAGCAGCAGGCGACCAUCAUUCCUGGUGGAGACUCGAGCUCCUACCAGCCCGCUGAAUAUACUCCCGCUCAUCUCAAAGUAGCCCUGGCGGCUCCAGCGGCUGCCGAAGUGAUCCCUGGUGGAGAUUCGAGCUCCUACCAGCCCGCUGAAUACACUCCUGCUCACUUGAAGGUUGCUUCAGUCCAGGUGGAGUCCUCUGUUGCUCAGGCAAUCCCCAGCAUUGGAGCUGACACCUACACCCCCGAGCAAUUCAUCCCAGAGGCAGAUCGUGAGGCUCACUACAAGUAUGUCCAGGAACAGCAGCAGGCGACCAUCAUUCCUGGUGGAGACUCGAGUUCCUACCAACCCGCUGAAUACACUCCCGCCCACCUGAAGGUUGCCCUGGUGGCUCCAGCGGCUGCUGAAGUUGCUCCCGGAAGUGACGAGAGCUCCUACCAGCCCGCUGAGUACACUCCUGAGCAGCUGAAGACCUCUGCUGGGGUCCAGACAUUGGCUGCCGUCCAGGCUGCUCCUGCUGUCCAGUACAGCUACACCCAGACUCUGGCAACCGCGGUGCAGGCACCUGCUGCCGUCGCCACCAGAGUUGGAUCCUCAGUGGCUGCCUCGAAUGCCGGCAGCUAUCGGCCAGCUGAUGUGAUUCCCGCCUACGUCCAGGGUCAAGCUAUAUUCAGCAAACAGCUUGUGGCUCCACUCCGUGAGUCCGUCGUGUAUGCCAAUGCCCAGGGUCAGGCUGUGAUCAGCAAUCAGCUUGCGACUCCAUUCCAUGGGGAUUCCGUAAACGGUUAUGGCCAGGGAGAGCCCAAGCCUGCCCAAUUGUACCAGGAGCCCGUGUCGAACGGCAUCGAGGAGUUCAAUGUCGAGACCCAUGUGCCCGUGGCCAUUGGUGGCAACACCGUCACGCCCGCUCACCUGCAGGCAGCCACCUACUCAUCCGUUGCGUCCUCCUCCUCCGCAUACUCCUCUGCUUCCUCCUCGACUGGUCAUGACACUCAGUAUGCAACCAACGGCGGCUAUGUCUACUAA